AUGGGGAUGGCUGGAAUGGGCAUCAAGGUUGAUGUGGCAGGCAAGGGGCAAGUAUUUUAUUAUCUGGACUUCGCGCUAUCAAGACCCGCUAACAGUAGAGAAAAACUUUUCUACAAAUACUACAAUGCCAGUCAUUCUGAUAACUUUUUGGUAUCAGCUAACUACACUACCUUACUGGUGAUCACUGAUGGAGCAAUUACCUCAAUAGGAAUUGUCGGACCUGACUCUAAAGACCUGAAUAUAAAGACAAUUGUAUUUGAAAUCUGGGGCUCAAUAUUUCAGAUUAAAAAUCCUGCCAUAGGAGAAUGGACCAUAGUUGUCGAUUCAAACGGUCCUCAUGCUAUUCGGGUGGAGGCAUUCACAGUUUUCCAAACGUCAUUGAUAGGGAACUGCUCAGACUGUCACCCUAACGCUACAUGUGAAGUGUAUCUUGGCCGCUUACAAUGUACCUGUAAGGAUGGAUUCAUUGGAGAUGGCUUCUCAUGCUCAGAUGUUGAUGAAUGUGCCUAUUCCUGGUUAAACAACUGUACUUAUGGAUAUUGUGUAAAUACUAUUGGCUCCUAUGACUGCUUGUGUCCUGUUGGUUACACAAAAGGAACAGGACGCACAUGUGUUGACAUUAAUGAGUGUUCCAGCCCAGACCUGAAUAAAUGCCAUCCAUUAGCAGUUUGUGUUAAUUAUGAAGGAACCUACAAAUGUCAGUGUCCACCUGGAGUCAUUGGCAAUGGAUUUUAUUGUGAAAUUGAUCAAUGUGCCAGAAAUGUGUGUGGAAGUAGUAUGGAGUGCUCGAUGACUGGCAGUUCCUACUCUUGCUCUAAUCCAUGUGUCAACCACACAGUACUUGAUGAACCCUGGAGAAGCACCGCCAAUGCACAAUAUGUAAACAUCCUAUGUGACUAUGACAAAAUGGGCUGGUAUCGUUUCGUUGGAAGUGGAGGAAUACGCAUGCCAGAAUCCUGUGUUCCAGAAUUAAGGUGUAGCACCCAUGCACCUAUGUGGUUAAAUGGAUCACAUCCCGCUCCAACUGAUGGUAUUGUCACUCGCACAGCCUGUGCCCAUUGGGCUGGAGAUUGUUGCCAGUGGUCAUCAACUAUACAGAUUAAGGCUUGUCCUGGUGGAUACCAUGUCUAUAAGCUGAACACAUCACCCGCCUGCUCCUUAGCAUAUUGCACAGAUCCCAGUUCCCUUAAUGAUGAAUGCUUAUGCACUGAUGAUGAGGAAUGCAGAUUUGUGUCUGGAUCCUAUGGGUGUUACUGCAAGGAAAAUAGGACUAUAUCCGCUUUAACAGACUUAACACCAACUGUGAGCUGUGGAUUACAGAGCAUGAAAACUACCUUCCGCCAAUGCCAGCUGAGGGCUCUGAACAUCGACGUCAAGGAUAUAAUACUUGCAGACAGCUACUGCUUCAAUGUCCUAAAUGAUAACACUACCAACACCUAUUCAGUUCUAUCCUCUCUGCAAGCAGGAAACUGUGGGAUGACGUUGUCUACAAAUGGAACCCAUGCCUUUUAUAGAAAGAGUUUUGAUUUUACCUUUCUACUGAAUGGACUGAUUAUUAGGGAUAGGCUGACAACGACUUCAACCUGUAUUUACCCUCUUGAUAUGAGAAUAAGUCUUAACACUGCCUUGAAUCCAAUUAUCAGCACUACUAUUAUUGAAACUAAUGGCACUGGAAAUUUUAUUGCUCGCAUGGCGGUUUAUAACAGCAGCGACUAUAAAUAUCCAUACCAAGGAGCACAAAUUAAUUUAUACACAAAAACAGUGAUUUAUAUUGGAGUAUUCCUUGAAGGGCCGGAUCCAUCUCUGUAUGCCAUGGUACUGAAUAACUGCUAUGCGACUCCAUCAAGCAUUCCCGAUGAUCCCAUAAAGUAUUAUGUCAUCCAAAACAGGUGCCCUAGCAAGAGUGACGGUACUGUCAGUGUAUUAGAAAAUGGCGUAUCUAGCCAAGCCCAGUUCUCUUUUCAAAUGUUCGCAUUUGCAGGGAAUUAUAACCAGGUCUAUCUGCACUGUCAGAUCUAUGCGUGUGACAGUAGGACCUCCACCUGCGCAUCUACAUGCUCUGGUUCCCGUGCCUUGGAUGUAGCCACACAGACUACCACCAAUCUGAAAAUCGGACCAUUCAACAGACUAGAUCCAGCUCCUUCAUCUGCAGCUUAUGGUACACUUGCAUCUUGGACGGUUAUUGGAACCAUGCUAACAGUCUUGUCAAUAGUUUUCAUAUCCGGAAAGCCGUAAUCUUCUACUCUGGAUGUCUGGAGCCUGCAGGCCAAUGCACUGCAGUAAUGUUUAGCAACCAUCGAAAAAAUAAUUAUACUUUAUUAAUGAAUACAAUGGUGAUUGGUGUUUAAUAUGAUAUCCACCUUUGUGUGAUGUCAUAUGUACAGUAUAUAUCACAUAACAGGGCAGUUCACUGUCAUAUCUAAAUAUGCAUGCAAAUUAAGGCUCUGUGUAUAUAAUUACCUAUACUAUGUAUUCAUCAUUUAUUCUGUUCCUCUAAUCUAAACGGGGGGGGCCUCUGGUGCGCUGAUUGUUUUCAUGGGAAAAAAGAACAUCUCUUAUACUCCCCUCUAAUGUACUUGUAAAGAUUAAUCAUGUCUCCUUGCAAGCACCUUUUUUCCAGAAUAAACACCCCAACAGUCUAACUAAAACUUCCAUCCCCUUAACCAGUUUAGUUGCACGUCUCUGCACUCUCUCCAGCUCAUUAAUAUCCUACUUAAGGA